CGCGGCCUUGAUUGCGUCGUUUAGUUGGUUGCCUGGGAAGAUCGUGUAGGAGGGUGAAACGUACAUGAGGAUGGGAGAGGAGGUGGUGCGAGUAGAAGUAGUGUACUUAGGUGGCUGAUCCGACGGAAAGGUUGGUACGCUUCUCCUUCGCUCCUGCCUGUGCACCUUUUGACAGGACGCUUGGACGUGGUUUGUUUGCUGGGUCCGGUACUUGAUUAGGGCAUAAGCGUGGGCUAAGGUGCAAGUACCCGAUUGACCUUGAUCGAACCUUCCACUCUACUCUUCCUUUGUUCAACUUGUUCCCUUCUUCUCCUACCCUUUUGCCUCCCUCCCUUCGACAACACCAUCGACAUCCACACCAAAAGUUUCCAUCUACACCCCAAACAAACCUCACAACCAUGGCCGACGCCGCCCCCGCCAACGACUCCAACGGCGGCAGCAGCACGCUCAAUCCCUUCGCAAAACGCACCUCGCACUCGGACCAGUCCAUCCUCCUCUACAAGAUCACGACCACAAUCUCAUGGCUCCUGCUCGUCAUCUCCGCCAUCUACACCACCUUCGCCGCGCCCUCAGGCCCACACUCGCACAAGUUCUGGCACAACAACCCGCAAACUCCGUUCGCGCAGUCCAGCAUCUUCACCUCCAUCUACGCGCUCAUCAUCUUCAUCCUGCAGGCCGGCUACGCAUAUGCCCUGUACAUGAGCGACGAGACGUACGUCACUGCGGCUGCAAACCUGGGUUCGCACUUCAUUGCCAACAACCUUCUUCUCUUUGGCUUUGUUCAUUUGUUCACUCGCUCGCACUUUUGGCUUGCACUUUUCUUGUUGGUGCUCAACUUUGGCAAUCUUAGCUUGGCUUAUUUCCGCCACUCUGCUGCCCCGAGGACGAUCCAUGUGGGUACUGUGAGUGGACCGCUUGCGUGGAACUUUGUUGCGUUGUACUGGGUUGGCGCUAUUGCGGUCCAUUCGAACCACUUUGCGGCGAGGAUUGUGGCGAAUGUGUUUAUUUGGGGAUGGCUUGGGUAUGGCAUGUUCUUCUUGGUCGCGUACAAGGAUUACACCAUGGGUUUUGCCCUGAGUGUACUGUCUUUCUCGACCGGUGUCGGACAGUUCCUUACUCGCCCACAUCUCUUCCAGCUCCAAUGGGUCUUCGCUUUCACGAUCGGCGGUCUGCUCUUCGUUCUCUCCCUUGCUGUGGGUAUGCCUGGCUUGCUCGGACGCGAUCCCUUCCCCCGUGGUCAGAUCGUCAGCGAGGACAGGGAGAGGGCACCACUUUUGGCUGAUGACUAGGCGGUGGUCGAAAUGGCAUCACGGGUCUACUCGUGUGCUGUACCACCUGCAGAUGAGGGAAUGAUGAUCUGGGUGGGCGACUAUUAGGAUAUGAUUUUCAGGUUCAAGUUUGAGGAUGUGUAUACUUCACACAUACACCAUAUUGAUUUACCCAUCGAGACGUA